UAUUUAUUAGUAUAUAAGGUAGUAUGUGAAAAAGCGAGCUUUAGUAAGCUUUGUGUCACGUGAACCGCGUCAUACACGCGCUUUGCUUUUUCUUGAUUACUACGCGUGACACGGCUCAAACAAGCCACCAAUUUGCCAAUUCAUCACACCAAAUGCGAUAUUUUCAGGAGUGAUUCUGCUCAUAACAAUUGCUGUCUUAACCCUUACCCCUUGCUUCAUCUAACUAGCUUGAAAUGCAAAUGUCUCAAGGAUUCUUGGAUACGAAAAGCAUCAUAUUACCAUUCGAAUCAUGUCAACAUGCCGACUGAAGUGAUAGAUCUAUUAUCAUCCAGCCCCGCUGCUCCCCCCCCACCCACCUUCUCGUCUACACGAACUCAUACAGCCCCUUCUAGGGCGCUCGACUACGGCGCCCUCGAUGAGACUGUAAAGCCAUCAUCAAAGGCAGCUCUAUCAAGUAGGGUACCCAAUAAGCCGCUCACUACCGCAAAGCGGACAAACAGCACUUACACGCAACAACAUAAUGAUUUCUUAUUUCUGUCGGAUGAUUUCGACACAACCGGGGAUCUUGACGGGAAUGUCGCAAAGAAAGCCAAAAUUUCCACGUCUUCAGUGGGUAUCAAGAAGAGACAAGAUAAUGGUUUCAAACGAAUAGUAUCGGCAGCAGUUGUCUCCGAGAACCGAGAAAAUAUUUCGCCAACUACAUUGAAACGGUGCAAUUCGAUAGUCGAUCCAAUUGAACAUAGUAGUUCUCCCUAUCAAUUCCCCCCAAGUAAAGCGGUGAAUAGACCAACCGAUUAUUCAGAUCCGUUCAAGAGCUCGCCAAAGAAACCAGCAAGAAACACUAAGUCGUCGCUACUGGGUUCAGCAAGCGAUCCUUUCAACAGUUCCCCUAUACGAGAAAUCGAGGGUCACAAGCCACCUACGCAUUCCAAAUCCAAGUAUCAUACGCUUGAUGAUCCUUUCGAUUCUCCGAAGGGCAAAAAAGCGACGAAAUUACCGAUAGUGAUAGACCUCUCGGACGACGAUGAAAACCUAUUAAGGAAAUUCCAACCCAAAAAAUCCAAACAAAAUGGAGCCUGGGAUCCGAUAUCAAGUUCAAUGCCAGAAACUCGAACGGGAAGCAACACCCUUGGAGGCCUUGAUUCUGACGAUCUACCAGACUUGGGCGAUAUCGAUUUCUCGAGGUUCCAAUCUAGAGGUUCCUUUAGCUUGUCGCCUUCUCCGCCACCGAAGAAAUCCAAGGCGACAACGAAAAGUGCCGCAACCAAGAAGCCAGUAGAACCGAAGAAAACCAACGAAGAAAAAGAAGAGGAAAAGAGGAGAAAGGCAGAAGCUCGCGAAGCCGAAAAGAAACGUAAGCUAGUUGAGAAAGAGCAGGUGAAAGAACAGUGCGCAAUCGAAAAACAGAAGGAAAAGGCGCUCGCCGAAGUCAACAAGCUCAAAACCGACAGAAAGGUAGCUGCACCUGAGAUGGUAGUGGACCUACCCAAUACCCUGAGCGUCACCAUCAAAACCCAAGUCGAGAAGCUACUCGCCGACAUGGAUGUUCAGUUCGAAUACCAGGACAACCGAGUCGACGACGUAGUAAAGUGGCGGCGAAAGGUUACUUCCGAGUACAAUGACGGACUCGGACAUUGGGAACCAGUCCCAAUGCGCAUCCAAGCCGAGGAACACGUCAUGGUCCUAGUCCAAGCCGCCGAUUUCGUAAAACUUGUCCUCGGCUCCGAGGGUCAAGAUCUAGAAGCACAUAUCCUAAAAAUGAAAACCUCCUUCUCGAACAACACCCUCAUAUACCUAAUCGAGGGCCUCACGCCGUGGCUACGGAAGAAUAAGAACGCGCUUAACCGGCGCUUCGUAUCCGCCGUACGCUCACUCGAUCCGAACCCGGACUCAGCCCCAUCCAGUCAAUCCCAAUCACGCCGUCGGAAUAACGCAGCGCAGCAGGAAUAUAUUGACGAAGAUAUAAUCGAAGACGCACUCCUCUCCCUGCAAGUAAUCCACGGCGCGCUAAUCCACCACACCAACGCCGCAAUCGAGACCGCCCAAUGGGUCGCCGCAUUCACCCAACACAUAUCAACAAUCCCCUACCGUCGCGCGCGCGACGCCGCCGCAGACGCAGGGUUCUGUAUGGAAGCAGGUCAAGUACGAACAGGUGAAGAUGCGCGUGAUACAUAUGUCCGGAUGUUACAGGAAGUGACCCGCGUCACAGCCCCCAUUGCUUACGGUAUAGCCGCGCGCUACGGUACCGUAGCCGAAUUAGUGUGCGGUCUCGAGGAACGAGGCCCGCUUGCGUUGGAGGAUUGUAGGAAGUGUGCGAAUCGCGAUGGUGCAUUUACGGAUCGUGUUGUUGGUCCGGCUAUUAGUAAGAGGAUUUAUAAGAUUUUUACUAGUCGGGAUCCUGGGAGUAUGGAUGUUUAGGGGCAUCGAAGGGUGCUACUGGGCUCAGUGGGGUAGAAUGGUACGGAGUUCUGAGCAUACGAUGGUUUGGCGCAUUCUGGUAAUGAACGACCAUUGGGUUUACGUGACACGAUGCAUUUGUAUAGAUAUACGCCGCUUGAAAGUACAUGGUGUUUUUACAGAUGAAUCAGCAAACGAUUGUUUUCGAUGUUUCGAGUAAACGCAUCCACCGCAGUGCUAAGUUCGUGGCAUAACGGCUAAAUCAGCAGGAUGUCACAUCACAGCGAUUCCUGCAUUGAGACAGAUAUCACUUGCAUUGCGCUCGUACAUCUUAGAUGAGUUCAUGGUAUGUUUUGAUUUUAGGUAUCUCAGGUUUUUUUAUAUACAUGUAAAUCGGGCACACUUUGUGUUA